CUUGUGCUCGCGGUCAAACUGACAGACACAAUAAACUUCCUUCGCCGGGUGCGCUUCAAAGGAGUCUGCUGCUAACCUGCGUCUUCUCCGUCUGCUUUCUGUCUUUUCUGCGGGAACAAAACCCCUAAGGUCUGUCCAACAUGUCUUCUGGAAACGCUAAGAUCGGCCAGCCGGCUCCCCAGUUCAAGGCGACCGCCGUGGUGGACGGCCAGUUUAAGGACAUCCAGCUGUCCGAGUACAGAGGGAAGUACGUGGUGCUGUUCUUCUACCCUCUGGACUUCACCUUCGUGUGUCCCACGGAGAUCAUCGCCUUCAGCGAGCGCGCCGGAGAGUUCCGCAAGACCAACUGCGAGCUCAUCGCCUGCUCCACCGACUCCCACUUCAGCCAUCUGGCCUGGAUCAACACUGCCCGUAAGCAGGGAGGUCUGGGUAAGAUGGACAUCCCCCUGGUGGCUGACCUGAACCAUGCCAUCUGCCAGGACUACGGCGUCCUCAAGGAGGGCGAGGGCAUCGCCUACAGGGGCCUGUUUGUGAUCGAUGAUAAGGGCAUUCUACGCCAGAUCACCAUCAAUGACCUGCCCGUGGGGCGCUCCGUCGACGAGACCCUGCGCCUGGUGCAAGCCUUCCAGCACACCGACAAACACGGAGAAGUGUGCCCAGCCGGUUGGAAGCCCGGCAGUGACACCAUCAUCCCAGACGUGGCCAAGAGCAAGGAGUUCUUCUCCAAGCAGUAAACACCGCCCAGUGCAGCCGCUGGCCUGGACCCCAGAAGCACUUAUCACACACACACACACACACGAACAUACACACACAUACACACACACACACACACACACACGAACAUACAUGCAUUCCCUGAAAGGCAGUACUAAACACUGAAACGUGUGCUAACUACAAACCUCACACACAGACACACACACACAGCACGCAUCCACGCAUCCACGCACAAACGCUUCCCAGGUUCUCAAAGCACUCGUCGUAGACUCGUAGGAAGGGAGAGGCGACGGGAGAGGGCAGGCGGCCAGUCGUCUAGCGGCUGAGCGGUCGCCCCUGAUUGGCUAAUCAAGUACCGCCCGGCGUUCGCUCUCUUGCUGACGCGGAGCUGUGACCCUCCUCUCCUCUCCAGUCUUCUCUACUCUUCUCUUCUGUUUUCCUCUCCGUAGUUCUCUUUCUGGUAUUCCUUGAAAAGUAGCCUUAAGCUGAACGCCAUAGUCCAGUGCACUGAACUGAUCGUGUGUGUGUGUCUAUCUCUUUUUGUCUCUUUCCUUCUUUCUUUCUUUAUUUCUUUCUUUCUCACUUGUUCUCUGGCUGACUGACUGAGUAGGAACGUUUUAAAAAAGAAAAACCAAGUCAAAAAAGUAUUUUGUACCUCCUUGCAAAUGUUGUGGCGUCUGAACAUCCAGGACUACGUGUUUGCAGUGUGUUCUAGACAAAUAAACCCAUAAUGGUGUUGAACUAAA